AUGCUGUGUGUCGACGCCAUUUUUGAGGAGCCCCUCGCCUUUCUGGUUAGUUACUUUCGUUUCCAGAACUAAAAUGAUUGAAACAAUUUGAGACGAGCGAUCAAGGUGCGAAACUGUUAGAGACUGAGAUGUGCGCCCCGUUAACACAACCAAUGAUGAUGAACGAGUUCCUCAUAAAUUUCCUCACAAAACUCCAGAAAUCUUGGGUCGAGCAGAAGAACGGAUCGCGUCCAGCCGACCAGCACAAGCCGUACUACCGUUUAGAGCAGGUAAAACCUCAUCUAUUUUUCUACACUUUAUCUAAUUUCCCAUUUUUCAGAAAGCGAUCAUCCCGGCGAAAAUUGAGAUCAUGAAUCAUUUCAUCAGAAUCCACCAGUUUCGCAAGGCCCACUACGUCGCCGGAAUUCUGCUCGGAAAGACGUACACUCGUGAGCAUUGCAAAGUUAAAGCGGCACGCCGUACCCCGGAAGGAUAA